CGCUGUUGACAUUAGUGACGUGCCGAUAUCACCGCUCUAACAUUAGUAAUGUCUCUUUAUUUUCCUAUGUUUUAAUUAUUGUGUUUGGAUCAUUUUAGGGUAUUAAAUGUAAUUAUAUUUAUGUUGUGGCUAGUCAGUAAAUAAUUGAAGAAUGGCAUCAACACCCAGGCUUUGUAAAUAAUAGCUGUAACACAAUGGGAUCCAUUACAAACAGUUUGGAGUCAUUUAACAUAGCAGAUUUAUCGCAAGAGCAACAGAAAGCAUUGAUAGAAAUACGGCGCAAGAAAACCGAACUUUUGCUGCAAAUUCAGCAAUUGAAGGAUGAUCUGUGUGAAGUGGUUUCGGAAAUGGAAUCGCUUGACUCAGGUGACGAUGGGAAAAACAGUAACCGUACAAAAAUGAUGUCCAUAGGGCGGAAAAAGUUUAAUAUGGACCCAAAGAAAGGAAUCGAGUAUUUGAUUGAAAAGGGCUUGCUACAACAUACUCCUGAAAGUGUUGCACAGUUUCUGCAUAAAGGCGAAGGACUGAACAAGACAGCCAUUGGAGAUUAUCUGGGAGAACGUAAUGAAUUUAAUGAAAAAGUUCUGCAAGCCUUUGUGAAUCUUCAUGAUUUUACGCAUCUUAUCCUCGUUGAGGCGUUGAGGCAAUUUCUAUGGAGUUUUCGGUUACCAGGCGAAGCCCAAAAAAUCGAUAGAAUGAUGGAAUGUUUCGCUAAACGAUACUGUGACUGCCAAGGCGAGAAUAACAUAUUCGAAAAUUCAGAUACUUGCUAUGUCCUGUCCUUUGCCAUCAUCAUGUUGAAUACCAGUUUACAUAAUCCCAGCGUCAAGGAUAAACCUUCUGUUGAUCAGUUUGUAAAUAUGAAUCGGGGUAUUAAUCAGGGCCAAGAUUUGCCCAAGAAUUUACUGGAAAGCCUCUAUGAGAGUAUCAAGGCGGAGCCAUUUAAAAUCCCGGAAGAUGAUGGUAAUGACUUGAUGCACACCUUCUUCAACCCAGACAAGGAAGGGUGGCUGUGGAAGCAGGGUGGCCGCUAUAAGAGUUGGAAGCGGCGCUGGUUCAUUUUGAAUGAUAAUUGUUUAUACUAUUUCGAGUACACGACGGAUAAGGAGCCCAGGGGAAUCAUUCCUUUGGAGAAUAUUUCGAUUCGGGAGUGUCAAGACAGGCAAAAACAGUUUUGUUUCGAAUUAUACGCAAGUGGAGGAGCGGACUUUAUUAAGGCAUGUAAGACUGAUUCUGAAGGAAAAGUGGUAGAAGGAAAGCAUACAGUUUAUAGAAUGUCCGCCAGCAGCGACGAAGAGCGCAAAGAAUGGAUAGAACGAUUGACCCAAAGCAUUAGCCAUAAUCCGUUUUACGAUAUACUCGCAAAUCGGAAACGAAAAGCUCAGCUGUAUACCAAAAAUUAGUCCUACGUUAUAUGCGAAUUCAAAAGCAGUACAUAUUUAUUUUAUGUAUAUAUGUAUGUAUUAAAACUAAUUAUUAUAGAUUAAUUUUUAAGUGGAAUGUUCAGAAGUGGAGGUCACCUCGAAAGAUGCAAAUUUCAACGCGUUGCCCUGUUAUUACUCAAAUCGAGUUGAAAAAUUAUUGGAAACUACACGACUUCUCAUUUAAAAUAUUGCGAUAAAAUUGCAAAAAUGUCUAGGAAACGUUUCGUCCGAUUACAACGCAAUUUUUACACUUUGGUUUUACCAAAACUCUCGAAAAAGCAUAUCAGUGUGCCAUGUUUACCUGAAGGCAAUUUGCUCUUUCUUAACGAAUAGUAAAAUACGUCAAAACGAAAAAUGAUGAUGAAAAAAAUUAGCAAAGGAACAUCACUAGAUAUGAAAAUUACUAAGUUAAUUGUUAAAUACCUUUAGCUAUAAUCUUUCGGAAUAAGGUAGGAUCAGUUAUUAGGUGGCGAAUGGUCGAAAUUAAUGUAAAUAUUUAGUUAACUAAUAAAAAACUUGUGUGCAUGUCGUCUAGAAAAAUUGUUGUAUUUUUACUUGUGAUUAAUAAUUAUGAGUACAUUCUAUAUUUAUUUAAUAGUUUGUUUUGUUAAAUAGUUAACGUUAAAAAUAUAUUUUGUAUUAAGAAA